AUGUCAGCUAGUCAAAACAUUGUCGUAUCAGAGACUACAAUGUCAAGUAUCAUCCCCAACAACAACAACAACAACAACAACUCUUCUUCACAGAAACUCCCUCCUUGUUUAAUCUCAAUUUCCAAGAAAAAGCUUCUCAAGAACAUCGACAUCAUCAAUGGUGGUGGACAAAGAAUCAACGCUUGGGUAGAUUCAAUGCGUGCUUCUUCUCCUACUCAUCUCAAAUCUCUUCCUUCUUCUAUCUCCACACAGCAACAACUCAACUCAUGGAUCAUGCAACAUCCUUCAGCACUAGAAAAAUUCGAACAGAUAAUGGAAGCUUCGAGAGGGAAACAAAUCGUAAUGUUUCUUGAUUAUGACGGUACUCUCUCUCCCAUUGUUGAUGAUCCAGACAAAGCUUUCAUGUCAAGCAAGAUGAGAAGAACAGUGAAAAAACUGGCUAAGUGUUUCCCCACUGCUAUAGUUACUGGUAGAUGCAUAGACAAGGUGUAUAACUUUGUGAAGCUUGCUGAGCUGUAUUAUGCUGGAAGCCAUGGCAUGGACAUUAAAGGUCCAGCAAAAGGCUUCUCCAGACACAAGAGGGUUAAACAGUCUCUUCUGUACCAACCAGCUAAUGACUAUCUUCCCAUGAUCGAUGAAGUUUAUAGACAACUCUUGGAAAAAACAAAAUCGACUCCAGGAGCCAAAGUAGAAAACCACAAGUUUUGUGCUUCUGUGCACUUUCGCUGCGUCGAUGAGAAGAAAUGGAGCGAACUGGUUCUACAGGUUCGGUCGGUAUUAAAGAAAUUCCCUACGCUGCAACUGACCCAAGGUCGGAAGGUUUUCGAAAUCCGUCCAAUGAUUGAAUGGGAUAAAGGAAAGGCUCUUGAGUUCUUGUUAGAAUCACUUGGAUUUGGGAACACUAACAAUGUUUUCCCGGUUUAUAUUGGUGACGAUCGAACUGACGAAGAUGCAUUUAAGAUGCUACGAGACAGAGGCGAAGGCUUUGGCAUUCUUGUCUCCAAGUUUCCCAAGGAUACUGAUGCUUCGUAUUCUUUGCAAGAUCCAUCCGAGGCAAGUCUUAAUAUAUAAUGAUUAAUAGUAGAAAUGUGUAACUAUACAUUAAUAUACAUAGCCAUGCAAUUAGCAGUUAAUGGUUUUCUACUCCUGCUAACUUCACUCUCCUUAAUACGAAAUCAACAGGUGAUGGAUUUCUUACGACGAUUGGUGGAAUGGAAACAAAUGCAGCCAAGAAUGUGAAAUGAUAAUAUAAUAAACGAGUGACAAUAUUCGAAAUGCCAAUGGAUGUAUAUAAUGAAUAUGUUCAUGCCUAACUUUUUUAGGAACGUUGUAAUUGGUAAAGGAUAUGGCAGUGUCUUUAACGUACCCCCAUUAGGUUAAUCUUCUUGUUCGUCACAUUGUAUUUUUGUAAAAAAAAAAAAAAAAAAAAAAAAAAAAAAAAAAAAAAAAAGAGAGAAAUAUUUUUUUUUGACAAAUGAGUCUCCUCCACGAACCUAUUGUCAACUUGAACUGUAAUCUGACAAGCUUUAAUUAGAGCUUGAUUGGUUCUCCUUCUACCACCCGCAAACGCAGCGUUUGCGGGUGGUAGCGGUUGUUAGCGAUUGAAAGCAAUCAUAGACACCGCUAGACAUCGCUUUAA